CUUCUUCUCUCAAAAAAUUAUAUUUGAAUAAACUAGAUAUUUAUAUAUAUUUUUAUAUAAAAAUUCUCUUUACUAGCAAAUAAGUAAAGAAUAAGGACAGUAAUAAUUAAGUAUAUAUUUAUAUAUAUAUAUAUAUAUACACAUACAUACAUACAUAUACGUAAAAAUGAGAGAAAUUAUUUCAUUGCAUGUUGGUCAAGCAGGUGUACAGAUUGGUAAUGCCUGUUGGGAAUUGUAUUGUCUUGAACAUAACAUCAACCCAGACGGAAGACUUGAUCACCCAGAAAGUGUCAAGAACCACUCAUUCGAGACAUUCUUCUCCGAGACCAGUGGUGGAAAAUAUGUACCUCGAACAGUCAUGGUGGAUCUGGAACCUUCAGUCAUAGAUGAGGUCCGUACAAGUUCCUAUCGUCAACUCUUUCACCCAGAACAAUUGAUCUCGGGCAAAGAAGAUGCCGCAAACAAUUAUGCUCGUGGUCAUUACACCGUGGGCAAGGAAAUGGUAGACAAUGUCUUGGACCGUAUUCGAAAGUUGUCCGACAACUGUAACGGUCUCCAGGGCUUUCUCAUCUUCCGUUCGUUUGGUGGCGGAACUGGUUCUGGCUUUGGCUCUCUGUUGAUGGAGCGCCUUUCGAUGGACUAUGGCAAGAAAUGCAAACUCGAGUUCUGUGUUUACCCAGCCCCUCAACUCUCAACAGCCGUUGUCGAGCCCUACAAUUCGAUCCUCACCACUCACACCACACUAGACCAUGCCGAUGUCACCUUUAUGGUCGACAACGAGGCAAUCUACGACAUUUGUAAGCGCAGCCUUGACAUCGAACGCCCUACGUACUCCAAUCUCAACCGGCUCGUGGCCCAGGUCGUGUCUUCCAUCACGGCUUCAUUACGCUUCCAUGGCUCGCUCAAUGUGGACCUGAGUGAAUUCCAGACUAACCUGGUACCUUACCCGCGCAUCCACUUCCCUCUCGUGACUUACGCACCCAUGAUUUCUGCUGCCAAAGCCUUCCAUGAGCAAAUGUCCGUGCCUGAAAUCACCAACGCGGGUUUCGAGCCCCAGAACCAGAUGGUCAAGUGUGACCCUCGUAAUGGAAAAUACAUGGCCUGUUGUCUCUUGUAUCGUGGUGAUGUAGUUCCCAAAGACGCAAACGCAGCCGUAGCCGGUGUUAGAACCAAGCGAACCAUUCAAUUCGUCGACUGGUGUCCUACAGGAUUUAAGAUUGGUAUCAACAACCAGAAACCGACUACCGUACCUGGAGGCGAUCUGGCCCAGGUUCAGCGUGCGGUGUGCAUGUUGUCCAACACAACUGCCAUCGUUGAGGCUUGGUCUCGCUUGAACCACAAAUUUGAUCUCAUGUAUGCCAAGCGUGCAUUUGUCCAUUGGUAUGUGGGCGAAGGUAUGGAAGAAGGCGAAUUCUCCGAAGCUCGUGAGGAUCUUGCCGCCCUUGAGAAGGAUUAUGAGGAGGUUGGAGCAGAUUCUCUUGGUGACUCUGAGAUGGAGGAAGUUUAAAAAAAAAUAGCCUUUGAGAAUCAAGAAAAGAAAAAGAAGACAAAAAAAAUUAAUGUGAAAUAUGCUUAUCUGCUACUAAGAUUGCUUACCAAGAGGCUUCUUUUUUUUAAAAAAAAAAAAAAAAAAAAAAAAAAAACUAAGCUCCAACACAAAUCAAACAUGUAGAUGGGACUUCCUUGGCUUCAUCUACACCAUACACAUUCAACUCCCCCCCAAAAAAAAACACAUGCAUCGAUUUGAAGCAUGCAUUCUACACCCACUCACUCACUUACUCACUCACUCACGAUGCACUAACUUACUUACUCACUCAUUCACAAUUCUUCCUUAACUUUUUUGACUAAAUUAUUUCAAUAUAAUGUACUUUUCUUGUAUGAUUUAUUGAUAUACCACAAUCUCUUUCAAUUUGUUAGAGCUAUAAUAUAAAGACGAUUGUUUUAAAUGUGCAAUUCUGGAUCAAAACACGGUCUGUGUACUCCAUGUACACGAACCAUUAAUCUAAAUAAACCAAAUAGUUUAAUGUGGGAAAACAUCUGUCUUUUUUUAAAAAAUAAAUAAAUACAAAAUACCAAUCCCACCGAUUGAUAUUCAA